UGGUCGUGGUUUGCCGUGGUGGUGAUGGUUCGUGAAUUGGCGCAAUCGACCGACCGACCGGACAACUCUGAGAGUGUGUUGCGUACGACGACGACGGCGGCGGAGCGGAAGGGAGCGAGGAGGCAGGGUUGGCGAGGACGACUGCUUUCUCCUCCUGGCUCACAUAGCUUUCACCAACUCCCUCCACUUUCUCUCUCCUCUACGUGGCUGCCAUGACAACUGGUGCGGCUCCAAACAUGGGACACCACCACUGCUUUCUCCAUCCUCCCAUGAGUUGCACUUCCAACAGACUUGGGCCUGCUGCCCGUCACUCGCAAAACGACUCGAGAACAUAGAGUUGUUCAUUCAUUGUUCCACUCUCUCUCUCUCUCUGUCUCUCUCUCUCUCUCUCCUCACCAGCAUACAUUUCCUCCUCCUCCCACUCCUCCUCCUUCUGGUGCCCCCACUUCUCACCCUUCUUCUCCUGUGGGGCCUGUUCCCUUAAAAUACUCAUCCACACACACACACAAAGACAUCACUCCUCCAUUCCUCCAUAAAUACAUAUGUACAUACUUUCUUAGGGAGGAAGAAGAACCUUCAAAACUCGGCUAUUACACAUUUCUCUCGUGCUUUCUCUCUCUCUCCUUCUUGGUGGAUAUACAUAUACCUUUUGACUUUUUGCUCAGGCACUGUUACUGCACCGAGACACAUAAUCUUAUUUAUUGGCUUGUACUGCUUGUGGUGCAGCAGCUGCUGCUGCUGGUGGUGGUGGUGAUGUUAUUGAUAACGUUUAGGAGGUGUUAACUGUUAAAAUUGCUAUGCAAGCGGAGGAGGUGUAAGGACAACGACGGGACAAUUUGGGACAAAGACAAUAUCAGUAAACGCUGCUGCUGACGACGACAGCGUGCAGUCAGGAUGAUAACCAGAGGUCCCAAGUUGGCACAAUAUCGGGAAACGCGGAAACAAUGUCGAGCCACGUACCGGAAGUUCAUACUGGUCUUGGCCAUCCCCCUCAUCCUGUACAGCACACGAAACGGGGGUUUGCUCGGCGUGGCCGUGUCGAACGCGGCCGUGGUGGCUGGAUUAAAUUACAAUGAAUGGAGUGCCUUAGCCUUGGGGGAGGAGUACGCGGGGGGUUUGGGGUCGGGGGGCUAUUUCAGUCGCCAGACGGACGAGCGGCAGAGUUUAGAGGAGGGUGAUAAAAAUGUGAUAAAUGGGACAGACGAAGGUGGGGGCAAACUCUUCCCUCCCGACCUCUUCACCCUCGAACAGCGACGGAAAGGGGCCGUCAUCUUCUACAUCAUCGGGGUCAUCUACAUGUUCGUGGCCCUCGCCAUCGUGUGUGACGAAUUUUUUGUCCCAGCCCUGGAUGUCAUUAUCGAGGUUUUCGACAUUCAGGACGACGUGGCAGGUGCCACGUUUAUGGCUGCUGGAGGAUCUGCGCCAGAACUCUUCACCAGCGUCAUCGGUGUUUUCAUCUCUCACGAUGACGUUGGAAUUGGAACAAUUGUUGGUUCCGCCGUCUUCAAUAUUCUCUUUGUUAUUGGGAUGUGCGCCCUAUUUUCAAGGACUGUGUUACAUCUAACUUGGUGGCCCCUGUUUCGAGAUUGCACUUUUUACUCGGUUGCCCUCAUCACGUUGAUAUGUUGCUUUAUCGACUCGUACAUUAAGUGGUGGGAGGCUCUUCUUCUACUCACAAUAUACGCGGCAUACGUAACCUUCAUGAAGUUUAAUCAAAGUAUCGAGUCCGUUGUCAAACGAGUCCUUUUCAAAAAUCGCGUCACCCGAGUUUCUUCCUCAGAUCAGUUGGGUGUGAACAAUGGGGCUUCCAGCAGUCAAAUGAGCGUCCAGACGGUGUCCGGAGAGGGGGACUCAAAGCGUGGGAGUGCCUCGUUGAAGCCACCCCUGAGUGCGCACGGGAGACGGAACUCGAUCCCACUCCUCCACUCAGGCACAAAGUUUCGCCACGGUCUCCUUCAACUCAUGAUCCAGUCCAUCGAUCCACUCCACGAUGGGCGUGUGGACGAGAAGGCGACCCAACUCCAUGCGAUUGCUUCUCUCAAGGCGCUGCUGGACGCGGCCAAGACGGACGGGACGACGACGGUGGAGUCCAACAACAGGACGAAACCCGUGGCGCCGUCAGAUCAGAAUCCAUCCGUUCAACCUGCGGACGGACCCUUGAGCAAUAUGGACGGGGAGGAUGCCGGCCAAAAUGGGGAUGCGCCGACCCUACAGGAGAUGGUGGCACUUGACGAGGCAGAACAAGAUGCUCACGACCCGUUGGAUAUAUCCUGGCCGAAAGGGAACCUGGGAAAGCAAAUCAGCUAUGUUUGCCUCUUCCCGAUUAUGAUUGUUCUCUACAUGACACUUCCGGACACGAGGACUCCGCGAGGCAAAAAGUUCUUUGUUUGGGGAUUUCUGGGCUCCAUCCUGUGGAUCGCCGUGUUCUCCUACUUCAUGGUCUGGUGGGCGGAUCGAACGGGGGAAACCUUCGGCAUCGCCCCUGAGAUUAUGGGGCUCACGUUCCUGGCUGCGGGGACCUCCAUCCCUGAUCUCAUCACGAGCGUUAUCGUCGCCAGGAAGGGUUUGGGAGAUAUGGCCGUCUCCUCGUCGGUGGGCUCCAACAUUUUCGACGUUUGUGUCGGACUCCCCGUUCCCUGGCUGCUCUAUGCCAUCAUCGAGAAUAAGCCAAUCAAGGUGUCCGCAAAAGGAAUGCUCUGCUCCGUCUCCAUCCUUUUUGGAAUGUUGGUAUUUGUCGUGCUGAGCAUCAUGAUAUUCAGAUGGCGGAUGAAUAAAGGCUUGGGACUCAUCAUGUUCGUUCUCUACUUUAUCUUCUUGGGAGUUUCGCUCUUGUUCGAGUACAAUGUUCUCGUGUGUCCCAACCCUUUUCCAGCCGUUGAUGAAAUUUAACGACUCCCCUUGAGUCGAGUGAGUUGACGGAAAACAUGAAAAAACUGGAAACAAGAAGACCUGUUGUACAUGCUCAAAAAGUAAGUUGGGCAUGCAUUAAUUAUUAUAUGUACAUAUUAUGUAAUAAUCCGUAAUAUAAACUAACAUGAUAAAUAUAUGGAGAAUGUUAUUAUUAUAUACUGAAAAAAUAAUAUAUGAUGAUAAUGAUCCAACAUCCAACACGGGUAGACACAUAAUGAUACAAAUGAAAAUGGGCGAGACUCCAAUAUUGCAAAAAUAAAUGACGAAAAUAAUAAAAUAAUAGUGAAAUAGUCGUUGCUUCCUUUUACGAAAUCUGAUGAAAACUAUACUAAUAACUAAAUAACGAAAUAUAUUGCCUUAUGCUUUUCUUCUUAGAAAUUAUUACAACUAUUUUUGUCUGCAAAACUUGUCAGUUACAUGUGAGGACAAAAAAGAGAGUACUUGGACGACGAAGAAAAGACAUUCCAUUAUUUACUAAAAAUUAUCCAUGUUGUGUGUCUGUAAUUGUUGGAAAUGUCCAUAAAUGAUACAUAUUGUUUAAUAAUGUUACAUGUUAAAAGCCAUUCUCAAAAUACACAUUAUUGGUGUCAUUGUUGUUCUACACAUAAAUACAUACAUAAUUGUAGUUUAAACAUAAUAAAAAGACUAAAAUAAUCCAUAAUAAAUUGGAUUACGUGAACACGUAUGUAGCUUCGAAUAGGAAACAAGUAUUCUAAAAAAAUACAUUAAAGAUGUACAUAUUUAUGGUGAGGAGCGAGAAGAGACGGGAAUUGACAUUAUUUUAAACUCGAAGAUUUUUUUUCAUGGAAAAUUUAAAUGACAUUUUUAUUUUUAUAAUUCGUUAUUGUAGUUAUCAAAAAUUAUUCAAAGGUUUACAUACAAACAUUUUCAUAUGCUGUAGCAGAAUUGUAUCGCAAAGAUUUUCCUGGUUUUUGUUGACUAUCUACAACACGAAUCUUCAAUGCUACUAUUAAUAUUACGACACUACUACCAACACUAGUUCUACAAAACUUUACUAAUAAGUAUUACAUUGUAGAGAGAAAGUGAUAAUAGUAGAAAUUCAACUGCUCUGAUUUUAAUAUGUAGAAGACCGAGCCACAUACAUACGACGUCCACCUGAAAUGUUAUUUAUUAAUACGAAGCAAAAAAGAAAGAAUUUAAAAUAUAUUUAGAAAUAGCACAAAUAACUCAAACUAAAAUGAGUGAUGGGUGACAGCAUUUAAUUUUUCGAUGAUGCGAGUUUUAUUCCAAUACAAAAACACUCAAACAAAAUAUACGUGUGAUUUGUUGAGAGUGAUGAUGAUUGUUAAUUAAUAAAAAUACUAAGAUAUGAAUUCGUUGUUGUUGGACAGAUAAUAAAAAUUGUAUUAUUGUCCCAUACAUAAAUCGUAUGUAAUAAUGUUACAAAGUGUGAAAUACACAUAAAACGGGAGAAAAUGUGCAGGAGGUGUGUGCGUGUGCAAAUUUGAGAAUAUAUGUGAUUGAAAGAGUGAGAAAUUAAAGAGAUGUAUAUGCAAUGAUGAUGAUAACUCAAAAACUCGUUAAUAAAAAGUUAUUAGAAUUUGA